UCUGCAGUCCACCUGGGCCACUCGAGGAAGGAGGUCCGGUGGGUCCCCCACCACCUUUGGUGUUCCCUUGCCACCAUGGCCUCCAAGCUGAAGGAAAAGAAAAGGAUCCCGGUGUCCCACAAAGUGAUCGAGAAGCGGAGGAGGGAUCGGAUCAACCGCUGCCUGAAUGAGCUUGGGAAAACGGUGCCCAUGGCCCUGGCCAAACAGAGUUCAGGCAAACUAGAGAAAGCAGAGAUCCUGGAAAUGACAGUUCAGUACCUGAGGGCCCUUCAUUCAGCAGAUUUCCCCAGAGGAAGAGAAAAAGAGCUUCUAGCUGAAUUUGCCAAUUACUUUCACUAUGGCUACCAUGAGUGCAUGAAGAACCUGGUUCACUAUCUGACCACAGUAGAGAGAAUGGAAACCAAAGAUACCAAAUAUGCCCGGAUCCUGGCCUUCUUGCAGUCCAAAGCUCACUUUGUCACUGAACCCAUCUUUACCUCAUUGGGAUCUCUUCCUGACCCAGACUUUUCCUAUCAGCUUCCACCAGCUCCAGAUUGUCUGGGACACAGCACCAAUGACCCUGUUUUCCAGCAGGGAUCCGGGCAUGGGCACUUCUCCUGGCACAGCUCUACCAGAAGCCCUACUAUUCCUUAUCUUCCCAAUCCAGCCAUGCCCCUCACUAGCCCUGGGCAUCAGCGCAGCACUUUCUUAUCAUCAGUACAAGGUCUGGACCGGCACUACCUCAACCUGCUUGGCCAUUCCAACCCCAAUGCAUUCAGUUUGUCUCCUGGCCAGCAUCCAUCUGUGCUAUAGCCUGCAUCUGGGAUUGUCAGUUUGAAGGUUCAAAGAGGGUUCCUGUAUCUUUAAGAGCUACACAGACAAAUGCAAGACAUCUGCAUUUCCAGUGCUGCUGCAGCAUUGAACAUCUCCUCACCAGGUGGUUCCAAGGCAGUACCAAGGACAUAUUUAUAUUGUCUCAAGAGAAUAAAUUAUCUUGCGCUACAAUCUUCCUUCCACAAUUGUAAAUAGACAUGAAAGUAAUGGUGGGGUGAAUGGAAUGAA